AUGUCGACUUCAAUCACCUCCUUUCAACAUCCACCACACAAUUCUUCUGAUCUUAUCGAACACCUAGAACACUCACACCCCGAAGCAGAAUCACGCUUAGGAUCCGCCUCCGAAAAAGAUUCAGAUUCCAAUUCAGAUUCAGAUUCAAGAUCGGAAGCAAGUAUAAGCUCAGUCCUAUACCUCUUCCUGCUAAACAAGCAAUUACGAUUUCUCGCUCCGAGAGUUAUCUUUGAUGAUAUCUGGUGGGAUUUCUGGGUAUCAGCUAGAAAUCGUAAAGCCCAGUUCCUCAAGGAGAGGGGCCUCUUGAGAUACUUGGACGAUAAGCUGGAAGACUACCUCUCUACGACUGUAGACGAACUCAGUUACCAUUCUGUCGACCAGGAUCCAGAAGAAGAAGAAGCAGGAGAAGAGGUAUUUGAACAGUUGAGGAAUAGUGUUGAUACACUCACGAAAGAAGAGAGGACUCGUAGGAUUGAAGAUUGGUUGAAUAGACUGGUUGAUUAUCAACGUGAAUCAGGUCAGGAGGAAGGAUCGCAAAAUCAAAGUAGACAAACAUCAAAGAUCGAAAAAGGGCUUUAG